CUCAUUUUCAGCUGUUUGAAAUUUUGUUUCAUUUCUUUUUUGACAAUCAAAUUUAUUUUGUGUUUUCUUUUCUAUUUUCUAAUUUAAAUCAACUUAAUCAACUAAUAAUCUAAAAUGUCUGGACGAGGUAAAGGAGGAAAAGUUAAAUCAAAGGCAAAGUCUCGAUCAUCUCGAGCUGGUCUUCAAUUCCCAGUUGGUCGAAUUCAUCGACUUCUCCGAAAGGGAAAUUAUGCUGAACGAGUUGGUGCUGGUGCUCCAGUCUAUUUGGCUGCUGUUCUUGAAUACUUGGGUGCUGAAGUAUUGGAAUUGGCUGGUAAUGCUGCCAGAGAUAACAAGAAAACUCGUAUCAUCCCUCGUCAUCUUCAACUUGCCAUCAGAAAUGACGAAGAAUUGAACAAACUUCUUGCUGGUGUGACCAUUGCUCAAGGUGGUGUCUUGCCAAACAUUCAAGCUGUUCUCUUACCAAAGAAGAGUGACAAGAAAGCUUAAAUUAAUAUUCAUUCAUUCAUCUUUCUUCAUCUUCUCAGCUCUUCUCAUCUAUUUUCAUCUCCCUCAUCCCUUUCCUUUUUCAUCAUCAUCAUUAUGUUUAUCACAUAACCAAAAAACGGCCCUUUUCAGGGCCAAUUACAUUUAUGUGUAAAAAGAGUUUUUAUCCUUAUGCUUAUAUUGUUUCAGAAUGUAAACAAUUUGAUAAUCAUCUUAAUAUUUUGUUUAAUUGUAGUCAAAAUAAAAUACAAACUUAAUCUUAA